CGACGGUUCCGAAGGCUACACGUGAGCCAUGGAUACGCCGCUGAGGCGCAGCCGGCGGCUGGAAGGCCUAAAACCUCUGUCUCUAGAGAACCUUCCUGACCCCGAAGUCUCGCGGGCGAAACGGGCUCUUGUAGAUUUCAAGUCGAACCCAGAAGAAACAGGAGAGCUCAAGUCUCCGAGAGUCCCACCACUGGGCCUUGCGUCUCCCCGACCUCAGCCGGAGACUAGCCCCGGACCACCCUCUCCUACACAGGAUGCAAGCUUUGGGUCCCCACAGAGGCAGCCAGAGCCACGUCCUGAGUCCCCUCAACCUCAUCAAGAUCUGGGCGUGGAGUCAUCUGCAGGACAGACAGAGUCGAGUCCGGAAUCCCCGCAACAAGAGCAGUCAUCCAAAUUAUCUCCCACACCGGGAGAACUGGACUCUGAGGCGGCCCACGCUAAGGAGGAGGUCAUCCCAAGAUCCCCCGAACCUUGCCCAGGUCAGCAAGCACCGGGUCCCGAGCCCUCUCAGCCAGCACAGGAGCUGACACUCCAGGCACCUAGCUCCCCAGAGCGCCAGCUGGAGCCAAGCAAGCUGCCUCCGGCCGGAGAGACAGUGACAGUAAGUCUCGACUUAAAGAAGCGAGUUAUAUCUUCUCCCCAGGCCCCAGCAGCCAAGAAAUUGAAGAAGGAGGAUCUUCCUGUAAUUCCAAAGGGGAAACCCAAAUCCGGGCGUGUGUGGAAAGACCGCUCCAAGAAGAGAUUCUCCCAGAUGGUUCAGGACAAGCCCCUGCGUACCUCCUGGCAGCGGAAGAUGAAGGAGCGACAGGAGAGGAAGCUGGCUAAAGACUUUGCUCGGCACCUGGAGGAGGAGAAACAGAGGCGCCGGCAGGAAAAAAAAGAGCGCCGGGCUGAAAACCUAAGACGCCGUCUAGAAAAUGAACGCAAGGCUGAGAUAGUCCAAGUGAUCCGAAACCCUGCCAAGCUCAAGAAAGCAAAGAAGAAGCAGUUGCGCUCCAUUGAAAAGAGAGACACCCUGGCCUUGCUCCAGAAACAGCCACCCCAGAGGCCUGUAGCCAAGGUCUGAGCUCAGGACAGUCCAGAGGCCUCAACAAACCAAGAGUCACAGCAAACAAGGCACCUGGGGCAAGCACACCAACACCGUCACAUUAAGAGGGAGACGGAGACUCCAGCCCAGAGGGAACUGAAGACUGCUGGGACUCAAGAAAUUUACCUGUCCCCAUCUCCUUUCCCGUCUUUUCCACAGUGCCUUAUGAUCAUGAACUGUUGCCGGGUGGUAGCAGCAGUGCAUACCUGUGCAUUAAUCCCAGUGCUCAGGAGACAGAGACAGGGCGGAUCUCAGAGUUCGAGGCCAGCCUUGUCUAUGGAGUACAGGAUAGCUAGCCAGGGCUACACACAGAAAUCCUAUCUGAAAAACCAAAACAACAAAACAUGUCUUGGAACUGUGAAUUCUUGUUCCCCAGUGAGCUGGUAACUCCCUGUCUUUGGGUCUUAAGUCUCACCCAUGCCUGGAGGCCUGCUGUCAGAAGUCAGUGCCUCCAUUUUUUCAGUGACACCUUAGCCACUUGUGCAUUCUGCUGAUUUGGUCUCCUCGGUCAGCUGAAGGCAGCCCUUCCCUAGUUUGGCACUGGAAGAUUAAAGUGUGGAGUUGGAGAGAGCUGAGUUUCUCUCCAGCACCCCUUUCCCACACUGAACUAUAGAAGCCUUUGGGCUUGAGCCAUGCCCACUUGCUCUACUGCAGAGGUGUUUAUUGGUAUCUGCAUAGGUACAGCUCUGGGCUCCCAGAAACAGAAGUCUCUGUCCCACUGGGCCUUCAUUAUCAUAAUAAACCAUUAAAAUACA